UUCUGCUGCUGCUGCUCCUGCUGCGGAGAGGCUGAAGCGGAGGCGGCGGCGGGAGGCGCGGGCAGAGUCCGAGACCGGGCCAGAGACCGGGCUAGAGAGCGGGCCAGAGACGCCGCGCCCAGGCUCCCUCCGCCGCCAUCAUGCCGGCCGUGUCCAAGGGCGAUGGGAUGCGGGGCUUGGCCGUGUUCAUCUCGGACAUCCGCAACUGCAAGAGUAAGGAGGCGGAGAUCAAAAGGAUAAACAAAGAACUGGCCAACAUCCGAUCCAAAUUCAAAGGUGACAAGGCUCUCGAUGGCUACAGCAAGAAGAAGUACGUGUGCAAGCUGCUCUUCAUCUUCCUCCUGGGCCACGACAUUGACUUCGGCCACAUGGAGGCAGUGAACCUGCUGAGCUCAAAUCGCUACACGGAAAAGCAGAUCGGCUACCUUUUCAUCUCUGUCCUAGUGAACUCCAACAGUGAGCUGAUCCGCCUGAUCAAUAACGCUAUCAAGAACGACCUGGCGAGCCGGAACCCGACCUUCAUGGGGCUGGCUCUCCACUGCAUCGCCAACGUGGGCAGCCGCGAGAUGGCCGAGGCCUUUGCCGGGGAAAUCCCCAAGAUCCUGGUGGCUGGAGAUACCAUGGACAGCGUCAAGCAGAGUGCGGCCUUGUGCUUGCUGCGUUUGUAUAGAACGUCCCCGGACCUUGUGCCAAUGGGCGACUGGACCUCCCGCGUGGUGCAUCUCCUUAAUGACCAGCACUUGGGUGUGGUCACUGCUGCUACGAGUCUGAUCACCACGCUGGCCCAGAAGAACCCAGAAGAAUUCAAGACCUCUGUGUCCUUAGCAGUUUCCAGAUUAAGCAGAAUCGUGACGUCCGCGUCGACCGAUCUCCAGGACUACACUUACUACUUUGUGCCGGCUCCCUGGCUGUCGGUGAAGCUUCUGCGGCUGCUGCAGUGCUACCCGCCCCCAGAAGACCCUGCCGUGCGGGGCCGCCUGACCGAGUGCCUCGAGACGAUCCUGAACAAAGCCCAGGAGCCCCCCAAGUCGAAGAAGGUGCAGCACUCCAACGCCAAGAACGCCGUGCUCUUCGAGGCCAUCAGCCUCAUCAUUCAUCACGACAGCGAGCCCAACUUGCUGGUCCGCGCCUGUAACCAGCUGGGCCAGUUCUUGCAGCACAGGGAGACCAACCUGCGGUACCUGGCCCUGGAGAGCAUGUGCACCCUGGCCAGCUCCGAGUUCUCCCACGAGGCCGUGAAGACCCACAUAGAGACGGUCAUCAACGCCCUGAAGACGGAGCGGGACGUGAGCGUGCGGCAGAGAGCGGUGGACCUCCUCUACGCCAUGUGCGACCGCAGCAACGCCCAGCAGAUCGUCGCCGAGAUGCUCAACUACCUGGAGACGGCCGACUACUCCAUCCGGGAAGAGAUCGUCCUGAAGGUGGCCAUCUUGGCUGAGAAGUACGCGGUGGACUACACCUGGUACGUGGACACCAUCUUGAACCUGAUUCGAAUCGCGGGGGACUACGUCAGCGAGGAGGUCUGGUACCGCGUCAUUCAGAUCGUCAUCAACCGGGACGACGUGCAGGGCUAUGCGGCCAAGACUGUGUUCGAGGCUCUUCAGGCACCGGCUUGCCACGAGAAUCUGGUCAAAGUCGGCGGUUACAUCUUGGGGGAGUUUGGAAACUUGAUAGCCGGCGACCCGAGGUCCAGCCCCCUCAUCCAGUUCAACCUGCUGCACUCCAAGUUCCACCUGUGCAGCGUCCCCACGCGGGCCCUGCUCCUGUCCACCUACAUCAAGUUCGUGAACCUCUUCCCCGAGAUCAAGACGACGAUCCAGGACGUCCUGCGCAGCGACAGCCAGCUCAAGAACGCCGACGUGGAGCUGCAGCAGAGGGCCGUGGAGUACCUGCGGCUCAGCACCAUCGCCAGCACGGACAUCCUGGCCACGGUGCUGGAGGAGAUGCCUCCGUUCCCGGAGCGGGAAUCGUCCAUCCUGGCCAAGCUGAAGAAGAAGAAAGGGCCCAGCACCGUCACGGACCUGGAGGAAACCAAGAAGGAGCGGAGCGCGGACAUGAACGGGGGCACCGAGCCGGCUCCAGUCAAUGCCAGCGCCGUGUCCACGCCUUCUCCGUCCGCAGACCUCCUGGGCCUGGGCACCGGCCCCCCGCCCAAUGCAGCUCCCGCUCCGGCCUCCAGUGGCAGUCUGCUGGUGGACGUGUUCUCUGAGCCUGCCUCUGUGGUGACCCAGCUCGCUCCUGGCUCACAGGAAAACUUUGCAAGCCCCGACCUGGCUUCAUCUGAGCUGGUUUCUGAGGAGCCCGCUGAGGCGGCGCGGGGCGCCGAUGAGCUGACGCACAAGUUUGUCUGUAAGAACAACGGGGUGCUGUUCGAGAACCAGCUGCUGCAGAUCGGACUGAAGUCGGAGUUCCGCCAGAACUUGGGCCGCAUGUUUAUAUUUUACGGUAACAAGACUUCCACGCAGUUCUUAACCUUCACCCCGACGCUGAUCUGUUCCGACGAGCUGCAGUCCAAUCUGAACCUGCAGACCAAGCCGGUGGACCCGACCGUGGAUGGGGGUGCCCAGGUGCAGCAGGUGGUGAACAUCGAGUGCAUCUCCGACUUCACCGAGGCGCCCGUCCUCAACAUUCAGUUUAGGUAUGGGGGAACCUUCCAGAAUGUCUCGGUCAAGCUGCCCAUCACACUCAACAAGUUCUUCCAGCCCACAGAAAUGGCUUCCCAGGAUUUCUUCCAGCGCUGGAAGCAGCUGAGCAAUCCCCAACAGGAGGUACAGAACAUCUUCAAGGCUAAGCACCCAAUGGAUCCAGAGAUCACCAAGGCUAAGAUUAUCGGCUUUGGUUCUGCUCUCUUGGAAGAGGUAGACCCCAACCCAGCCAAUUUUGUGGGGGCCGGCAUCAUCCACACCAGAACGGCCCAGAUCGGGUGCUUGCUGCGCCUGGAACCCAACCUGCAGGCCCAGAUGUACCGGCUAACUCUUCGGACGAGUAAAGAGACCGUCUCCCAGCGAUUAUGUGAGCUGCUCUCAGAGCAGUUUUAACAAAUGGGAAUGCAGAAUCAGUGCGAUUUUGGCGUGUAUUCCUCCUCAUUGUCUCCAUUAUCCCCCGCAAAUAAAUAUACCUUGUACCCCAGUGUCUGAAUAUUGCCGUGUGCCUGAGGACUCCCCCCAACCCGUGGUCCGUCUGUCAGAUAGCAGCGUCAGAAGGGACUCUCGCGUUGGUUUCAGCUGUCAGCCCCCACGCGGUCUCGACGGAUUACUUGCCGGGAACAAAGCUGUCCGCUUUUGCGGGAAUCGAGACAAUUCUUUGCUGAUGUCUGCUGGGAAAGGAGGAGGAGGAAAAGGAGGAGAAGGAGGAGAAGACGGAGACGGAGACGAGUGGGUGUGAAAGAGAAUGUCCAUCAGCCAUGGGCUGACUGGUCAGCGGAGACCAGGGUCUGAAAGCAGGGGAGAGGGGUGGCAUCCGGGGGCUACCCUCUGGGCUGGCAGGCUGCUGGCUCAGGGGGUGUUUUUGGGCGACUAGCUUUCACACGGUGUGUGUGGCCAUGAGCUGGGCAAGGACAGAGGAGAGGAGCGGGGGUUCAAGGCCAGCAGGCUCCUACGUCUGUGUCUACACAGCCAGGUGAAGGACCUAGCAUGAGCAGAUGCCCCCGUUUAACCUCAAAACAAGUCACUCUCCUGGGAACUGUUAAGGGAAAUGGAGGCGCUUGGUUAGUGGAGCCCCCCAGCCGUCCUAUGGAGACCCAUGGGCCUGGGAUGGUGGGAUGGAGGACACUGACACGGGGCUUACAGAGGGCUGGCUUCUGGGGUUUGGCAGGUCGGCCUUUGCCUGUGGGCCCUUCCCUGCCCUGCCCCAGAUCCCGGGCGGACCCCCUGGCUCCUCUCAAGCACACGCUGCUCCAGUUCUUGUUGUCGGGGCCUGGAAUGGGCUGGGGCCUAGCGUACCCCAGCCUGAUCCUGCUUCCUUUCUGUGCCCUCAUCCUCUGACCACGGGCGUCCAUGAUGUGCAGUGACCCGGCCAGAAUCCUCGUUUGUGUCGCCCUGUUGUGACUUGGGCUUGCUGGAGUGAUGUAUCCUGUCCUCUGUUCCUCGAGCUCAUGGAAACAGUGUUAUUGUUCAAAACGCAGUAUUUAGGCGUCGCCGUGUGAAAGGCACUGAGCACCCCACAGGACCCGCCUUGGGCUGGCCAGCCUGGGUGGCUCCCACCACGUGGACCCACAAGACGUGGACCCACGAGGUGUGGACGGCAAGUAGCUCGGCUCUCGUGGCCCUGUCCCCAUCCCUCCCCCAGUGCCUCCUUUUCCCUCAGGAGUCUUCAUCAUGACAUUUUGAAAACCCGUGAAUUCGUCAGAAAAGUGUGUUAUCUUUUAAAAGAGAAAUAAAUGGUUAGAACAGA